AUGGAUCUUCGCGUCGACAUCGUCGAGACGAGGCUCUGCCUGGACCAUCGCAGGAGGCCACCAGGUAAGUUCCCCCUCAGGUAAGUGCGUUUGCUUUGUUUCUUCCUUUUGUUUGUCGAAGUUCCGCGUCGUACGCUGCGCUUGCUGCCUGCCCUUUAUAUGCUAAUCUGUCUGUUAAUAGCUAAACGAUACCCUCGAUGCCUGCUGCGAUUGUCUGUCCGUCAGUCUAUGCCACUCUCUUCUAAUAGCUAGGUGUUACGGUGCCUGACUUUGUGUGGUGCCCUCACUUUGUCUCUGACUGGUGACUGUGUCCGCUUGUCCACUCUAGUUCUAAGUCCCAUAGCGUUAGGUAGUGUGUAUGCUCUCUCCUACUUCACGCCAUCACGUCAUCACCUCACCACCAAGGUCCCAGGCUAAUUCGGGUCGUUCUCUCACUAACAAAAAGUCGUGGCCCAUAGUGGAGUCCGGCAGCCGUCUGGGAUAACCGGGCAGCCCUGUUCAGGGAUGCGUUGCCUGCCCUCGCGAGGGGGAGGGGGCUAGAAAAGGUGCCCUAAAGAUCGCUAGGAACCACGCUGUUUGUAGGCUGGCCGUGGCCGCAGACAAAAAACACAGGGUCGAAACAGCCAAAACCGAAACAACAACAACAAUCACUCUCUUUCUCUUCCAGCCUAUUCUUCUUCUUCGUCUCCUACUCCUACUUUUCGCCGCCGCAGUCGCCAGACUGGCAGGGUGAGCCCGCUCACUCUGGCAGCCUGGAAUGUUCGUUCCCUUUUAGACAAUCCGAGGAGCAACCGACCGGAACGGAGGACGGCGCUAGUGGCACGAGAACUGGCGCGCUACAAGGUGGACAUCGCCGCACUCAGCGAGACCCGAUUCUCCGAACAAGGCCAACUGGAGGAGGUGGGUGCCGGCUACACCUUCUUCUGGAGUGGUCGACCCAAGGCAGAGCGACGAGACGCGGGUGUCGCCUUCGCCAUCCGGAACGACAUCGUGGGACGACUACCCUGUUUGCCGCAGGGUAUCAACGAUCGCCUGAUGAGCCUCCGUCUGCCUCUGCGGGGUGGGGGCAAAUUCGCCACCAUCAUCAGCGCCUACGCUCCGCCGAUGAGCAGCCCCGACGCCGCCGCAAGAGACAAGUUCUACGAGGACCUGCACGCCCUCUUGGCGACUGUGUCGAAGGCGGACAAGUUGAUUGUCCUUGGUGACUUCAACGCCCGCGUCGGCACAGACCAUACUGCCUGGAGGGGAGUGCUGGGUCCUCACGGUCUCCGCGGCUCCAACGACAACGGCCUGCUGCUCCUCCGCACCUGCGCAGAACAUCGCCUCAUCCUGACGAACACGUUCUUCUGUCUGCCGGAGCGAGAUAAGGCCACCUGGAGGCAUCCUCGGUCGCGUCAGUGGCACCUACUGGACUAUGUCCUCGUUCGCAGGCGAGAUCAGCGGGACGUGCUGGUGACGAAGGCGAUCGCAGGUGCUGACGGGUGGACCGACCAUCGCCUCGUCAUCUCGAAGAUGCGUAUUCGCCUACAGCCUCGCAGGAGACCACAAGGUAAGCGACCCCCAGGUAAGCUGAAUGUUGCUUUGUUGUCUUUGCCUGCUCACCGUCUCCAUUUCAGCAAUGAGCUAGCUCAACGGCUAGACAACCUUCCUAUCGCUGCCGCUGCCGACGACGCCGCCGCCGCUGCCGAGAACGCCUCCGUGGAGAACCGCUGGUGUCAACUGCGUGACACAGUCCAAUCGACGGCGCUCGCCGUCCUCGGUCGCGCUCCCCGCCAACACCAGGACUGGUUCGACGACAACGACGCCGCCAUCAGAAAUCCGCUUUCUGAGAAGAACCGCCUACACAAAGCCUACGUAGAUCACCCCACUGAGGACAACAAAGCUGUCUUCUACCGCAGUCGCCGACAGCUUCAGCAACGACUGCGCGAGAUGCAGGACGCCUGGACUGCUCGCAAAGCUGAGGAGAUCCAAGGGUACGCGGACCGCAACGAAUGGCAGAACUUCUUCUCCGCGAUCAAAGCUGUCUACGGUCCGCCGACGAAGGGCACUGCUCCUCUCCUCAGCGCCGACGGCAGCACUCUCCUGACUGAGAAGACGCAAAUCCUUCAGCGAUGGGCCGAGCAUUUCCGAGGCGUCCUCAACCGCCCCUCCGUCAUCUCCGACGCCGCCAUCGCCCGCUUGCCGCAAGUGGAGACCAACGUGGACCUCGACCUCCCGCCAUCUCUCCAGGAAACUAUCAGGGCCGUGCAGCAGAUUUCCAGCGGGAAAGCACCCGGAUCGGACGCCAUCCCUGCUGAGGUCUACAAGCACGGAGGUCCCCUACUGAUGGAUCACCUGACUGCGCUCUUCCAGGAGAUGUGGCGUCAAGGUGAAGUCCCGCAAGAUUUCAAGGACGCAACUAUCGUGCACCUAUACAAGCGAAAAGGGAAUCGCCAAGUCUGCGACAACCACCGCGGCAUCUCCCUACUGAACAUCGCCGGGAAGAUCUUCGCUCGCAUCCUGCUCAACCGCCUCAACAACCAUCUGGAACAGGGCCUUCUGCCGGAAAGCCAAUGCGGCUUCCGUCGUCAUCGUGGGACCACGGAUAUGAUCUUCGCAGCCCGCCAACUUCAGGAGAAGUGCCAGGAAAUGCGGACCCACCAGUACUCUACCUUCUUGGACCUGACGAAAGCCUUCGACACGGUGAAUCGUGAAGGACUGUGGAAGAUCAUGCAGAAAUUCGGCUGUCCGGAGCGAUUCACUCAGAUGGUGCGUCAGCUGCACGACGGUAUGAUGGCGCGAGUCACGGACAACGGAGCUGUCUCAGAGGCAUUCGCAGUGACCAACGGAGUGAAGCAGGGCUGUGUGCUGGCGCCUACCCUCUUCAGUCUCAUGUUCUCUGCCAUGCUGAUGGACGCCUACCGCGACGAACGCCCUGGAAUCCACAUCGCCUAUAGAACGGACGGUCAUCUGCUGAAUCACCGGCGCAUGAACUUCCAAUCGCGUGUAUCCACAGCCACCGUGCACGAACUCCUCUUCGCCGACGACUGCGCCCUGAACACCACCUCCGAAGCGGAGAUGCAACGCAGCAUGGACUUAUUCGCCGCCGCCUGCGAGAACUUUGGGCUGGUUAUCAACACGCAGAAGACGGUGGUGAUGCACCAACCGCCACACAACUCAGCCACAGCCCCCAACGCGCCGCCGCAAAUCAACGUGAAUGGGACUCAACUGCAAGUGGUAGAGAACUUCCCGUACCUGGGCAGCACGCUCUCCCGCAACACCAAGAUCGACGACGAAGUCGCCAACAGGAUCUCGAAAGCCAGCCAAGCCUUCGGUCGCCUCCAAAGCACAGUUUGGAAUCGUCAUGGUCUCCAACUGAGCACAAAGCUGAAGAUGUACAAGGCCGUCAUCCUGCCGAAGCUACUGUAUGGAGCGGAGACUUGGACGGUGUACACGAGACAGGCACGCCGACUGAACCACUUCCAUCUCAGUUGUCUUCGUCGCAUCCUGAGGCUGAAGUGGCAGGAUCGAAUCCCCGACACGGAAGUACUGGAACGAACGGGAAUCCUCAGCAUCUACGCCAUACUGAGACAAAUGCAGCUGCGCUGGAGCGGCCACCUGGUGCGCAUGGAUGACGAGCGACUACCUAAACGACUCUUCUACGGAGACGUCGCGACGGGUUCUCGUCGUCAAGGAGGCCAAAUUCGCCGUUACAAGGAUACCCUGAAGUCCUCCCUGAAGCGCCUGCAAAUCAACCCGACCAACUGGGAAGAGCUCGCUCGCGAUCGCUUGACAUGGAGGAGAACAGUGAAGACGGGCGCUGCUAUCUAUGAAGCCAACCGAAUCGCCGCCGCCAAAGUGAAACGCGAAGCCCGCAAAUCACAACUUCGCCCAGUCCGCAACGCCGCCGCACAACCUCUCCCUACGUGUCCUCGAUGCCACCGGACAUUCCGGGCACGAAUCGGACUUGUUGGACAUCUUCGGAUCAACUGUACCUCUCGAACUGCUCCAGCCAUCGUCCCCCCGCCCGCCUCUUCCUCGUCCUCUCUGCCGCCAACUAACUCUGACACUCCUCCUGCACCAUCACUCCCAUCCUCGUCGUCCUCCUCCCUCUCCACUGCCCCAGCGACGGCUGUUCAGACUGCUGUCUCACACAUCACCAACCACGACACAACAACUGACAUCACCUCUCCCACCUCUCCCGAUACCACUGAUGAGGAUCAGGACUACACCUGCCCUCACUGUGACCGCACCUUCACCUCACACAUCGGCCUGGUCGGUCACUUGCGAAUCCAUCGCACAGAGACUGGCGAACCAGUGCCUGGAGCACCAACCUACACCCACCGCACUCGCCUCCACUGCCCACACUGCACUCGCACCUUCACGCAUCGCAUGGGUCUAUUCGGCCACAUGCGCAUCCACGACGACCUGCGGUAG